AUGGUGCUGCUGAGCCCAUCGCUUGGUGGUCUAAGAAGAUUUGAAGAUAUCUGGCUAACUAUUUCAGAUGGCAUCUGGUACAACUGCACCGACCUUUGAACUCAACGAUGGAAACCAAAUACCUGUGAUAGCAUUGGGGACUAAUAAAAUAGAAGGGGAAGAAAUGCGUCUGAAUGUAAACGAUGCAGUGGAGGUGGGAUUCAGACAUAUUGAUACCGCAUUCCUGUACAACAACGAGGAGGACAUCGGCAAGGGAAUCAAUGACGUCAUAGAGAAAGGACUGGUGAAGAGAGAGGACUUGUUCAUUACUACUAAACUGUGGUACAUGAAGAACGGUAGAGAUGAGGUGCUGUCUGCGCUGAGGGAGGCUUUGGGCAGACUCGGGCUUGAAUACGUAGACUUGUGCCUUAUUCACAUUGUUGGUUUUGGAAAUGAGGAUGGUUCUCUCUCUGACGAAGAUAUCCAGGAAACAUGGAAAGGGAUGGAGGAAGCAAAAAAUCAAGAUCUGGCCAAGUCCAUCGGAGUGUGGAACUUCGACACAGAACAAGUGAAGAGAGUCAUAGAGAAUGGCCAGAUACCGCCUGCUGUUAACCAGAUUGAGGUCCAUCCAGCGCAUACACGCGAAGCUUUGGUAUCUGACAUGGAGGAACUCGGUGUCAGAGUAAUAGCCUACAGUCCGUUAGGAUUCCUCGUGGACAGGGGUCAGGAAGACGCCCCAGCUCCACACAUUGACGACCCUGAACUGACAGAAAUAGCAGAGAAGUACGGCAAGACCACAACCCAAGUCGUGCUGCGGUAUUUGAUCGACAGAGGAACGAUUCCCUGCACCAAAUCCAGUCAGAAAGAGCAUCUGGAGAAGAACAUUGAUAUUUUCGACUUCUCUCUCACACCUGAAGAAGUUGCCAUUGUCAACAAGUUUAACGUAGACAAAACAGUAUUUAAUCCGGAAGAUGAUUGA